AUGAUUGUGGAAUCAGGAAAGUGGAUGGUGCUAAUAGCAACUGUUUGGAUACAAGCAUUCACUGGGACAAACUUUGAUUUCUCAUCCUAUUCAUCUGAGCUGAAAUCAGUUCUUGAGAUAACUCAGCUUCAGCUGAAUUGUCUUUCAGUGGCAUCUGAUAUGGGGAAAGCUUUUGGUUGGUGUUCUGGUUUUUCACUCAUGUAUUUUCCUUUGUGGGUUGUUAUGUUCAUGUCUGCUUUCUUGGGGCUUCUUGGUUAUGGCUUCCAGUGGCUUGUUAUUCAGAGAUUGAUUACUUUGCCUUACUUUCUGGUAUUUUUCCUAUGCUUGAUUGCAGGAUGUAGCAUUUGCUGGUUCAACACAAUCUGCUAUGUAUUAUGCAUAAAAAAUUUCACAACUAACCGUUCACUUGCAUUAUCUUUAAGCAUCAGUUUCAAUGGUCAUUAG